CCUAACUUGCUUGGUUCAGCAGCCCCUGUGGUUACAGGAAAUGAGACGGAUCAACGAGCUUUACUCGAGUUCAAGGCAGAGAUAAUUGAGGAUCCUUUCGAGGUUAUGCACUCCUGGAAUAAUACAAUCCACUUCUGCCAGUGGUAUGGUGUUACAUGCGGUCGUAGACAUCAGAGAGUCACCUUGUUGAACUUGCGAUCCCUAAAACUCGUGGGGUCUAUAUCACCAUUUAUUGGAAAUUUGAGCUUUCUUAGGCUGUUAAACCUUGAAAGCAACAGUUUCAAUCAAGCAAUCCCUCAAGAAAUUGGCCGUUUGCGAAGAUUGCACACAUUACUACUGGGAAACAAUAGCCUAAGUGGUGUAAUUCCUUCCAAUUUGUCUAGUUGUUCUCGGCUUGAGUCAAUUGUGUUUGGAGGCAACCUGCUAACUGGAGAAAUACCAGGUGCGAUUGGUCUCUUGUCAAACCUGAUAGGAUUUAGUUUUAGCGGAAAUAAUUUAAGAGGAGGUAUCCCACCUUCUUUGGGUAACAUAUCCUCUCUAGUGUAUAUUUCCGUGGUUAAAAAUAGAUUGAGUGGGGUUAUACCUGAAGCUCUUGGUAAACUGACAAAUCUUGAAGUCUUGGCUGUGUCGGAAAAUGGAAUUUCUGGUAUCAUCCCUACCUCAAUUUUCAAUCUCUCCAAUAUUAGAGUUCUUCAUUUGAUCAAAAACCAAAUACAAGGUAGUCUUCCAUCGAACUUAGGAAUCACUAUGCCACAUAUUGUACAUCUUUCCAUAGCGGAUAAUCAAUUUUUUGGACCAUUCCCCAUUUCAAUAUCCAAUGCCUCGAAUCUUCAAAACCUUAGUGUUGGGAUAAACAGACUUAGUGGAUCGAUGCCUUCAUUUGAAAAGUUGGAUAAACUAUCACAAUUUUCAAUCGUGCGCAACCAUUUAGGAAGUAGGACUGCAACUGACCUGAACUUUCUCUGCACUUUAAACAAUGCUUCUAGACUAAAGCAGAUAGAGAUAGCUGAAAACAACUUUGAAGGGGAAUUACCGGAUUGCAUAGGCAAUUUGUCGAGGAAUCUUGAAACUUUAAAUAUUCAAGGGAAUAGAAUAUUGGGAAGGAUUCCGGAUGGGAUUGGAAAUCUCAUCGCCUUGGAGGUACUAGCGGCAUCACAAAAUCAAUUAUCGGGUUCUAUUCCACUUGCCAUUGGGAGACUUCAAAAGCUAAAGAUAUUUUAUGCAUCUCUCAAUUCUCUCUCUGGGGCCAUUCCCUCCUCUUUUGGAAAUUUGACAAUGUUAAUCGAACUUGCUUUGAGAUAUAACAAUCUUCAUGGCAACAUUCCUUCAAGUCUAGGUAAGUGUGAAAAUUUGGUUGCCUUGAUUCUUUCUCAUAACAACCUUAGUGGUUCCAUACCCCCUGAAGUAAUUGGGCUCUCUUCCUUGUCUAUUGUCCUAGACUUAUCUUCAAAUUAUUUAACUGGUGUGCUUCCCGUUGAAGUGGGAAAUCUGAAAAAUUUAGGAGAAUUGUUUGUGUCCCAAAAUAGGUUAUCGGGUGUGCUUCCAAACAAUUUUGCUAGCAAUGUAAGACUGGAGAGACUGUUCUUGGAUGGCAAUUUGUUCCAAGGCCCCAUUCCUUCGUCUUUGAGUUCAUUGAAAGGCCUUUCAGCUCUAGAUAUAUCUAGAAAUACUCUUUCCGGUAUGGUACCAAUUGAAGGAGUCUUUAAAAAUGCAAGCGCUGCACUCGUUGAGGGAAACAGUAAGCUUUGUGGAGGCAUCCCUGAGUUACACUUGCCCAAAUGUAACUUGAAAGCAUCCAACAGGAGAUCGAGCAAUUCUCUUAAAUUAAAAAUUGCGAUUGUUUUCGUGAUUUUAGGAGUGACAUUGGUAUUCUCUUUUCUCCUCAUUUUGAGGUUUAGAAGUGAAAAACAGAAGCCAACAGCAACAACUUGUGCAGAAAAUUCACCUUUAAACUUAUCAUACCAAAUCCUCCUAAAGGCUACUAAUGGAUUCUCCUUGACGAAUUUAGUUGGCUCAGGUAGCUUUGGUUCUGUAUACAAAGGAAUUCUUGAAGAGAGUGGAGUAGUUAUUGCUGUUAAGGUGCUUAAUCUUCUAUGUCGUGGAGCUUCUAGAAGUUUCAUGGCUGAAUGUGAGGCACUGAAGAACAUCAGACAUAGAAAUCUUGUCAAGAUCUUAACAGCAGUUUCAGGAAUCGAUUAUCAAGGGAAUGAUUUUAAAGCAUUGAUUUAUGAGUUCAUGCAAAAUGGGAGCUUGGAGGAUUGGCUGCAUCCAUCAGUUGGCAUAAAUGAGGCAACAAAAAGCCUAAAUUUUUUUCAGAGAUUGAAUGUGGCUGUUGAUGUUGGUUGUGCAUUGGAGUAUCUUCAUCAUCAUUGUGAAACACCAAUUGUUCAUUGUGACCUCAAACCAAGCAAUAUUCUACUUGAUGAUGAAAUGGUUAGCCAUGUAAAUGACUUUGGGCUGGCAAAAUUCAUUACAUCAAAUAUGCAAAAUAACACUUCAAGCCUAUCAAGCUCCCUUGGGUUAAGAGGAACAAUUGGUUAUGCACCGCCAGAAUAUGGCGUGGGAAGUGUUGUGACAACAUACGGUGAUGUGUACAGCUAUGGCAUUCUCUUGCUGGAGAUGUUUACUGGGAAAAAGCCCACUGAUGGAAUGUUCAAAGAUGAUUUUAACCUUCAUAAUUUUGUUAAAACAGCUUUGCCAAAUCAAGUGGCUGAGAUUACAGAUCCCAUUCUUCUUCAAGAAAGUUUUCAAGGAGAAAUAAUGAUCAAUAAUACUCACAUCCAGAGCAGCCAAGGAGAUAACAGACUUCCUCAAUACCUAAAUUCAAUAUUUGAAAUCGGAAUUGCAUGUUCUGUCGAUUCGCCUGUUGAACGAAUGAAUAUGACUGAUGUUGUUGCUAAGCUUUGUUUUAUAAAAGACAAGCUGCUCCCAACUCGACCAUUAAGAUCAACAGGUACGCAAUCUUGUUUAUAAAUCCAAGUAACAAUAACACAUGAGUCAUUAUAAAUAUUUUUAAAAAUGUUACAUCCUUUACAAAAUGCUAAACCCAUGAUAUGUUCUUAUUUAACUGAUAUUUUCAUUCAAGUCCUAACUGGUUUUAAAGUUAAAUAUUUCCUUCAGCUGCAGGUACUAGGUGAUAGUUUGUUGGCUUGUGAAGUUGCUGCACUCUUGAUUGGCAUUGCAUUUACAACAAACUCUAUCCUCCAAACUGAGAAUAAGAAAAGAUAAUUAUUACCUCAGCAUAUAUAAGAAGUAACCAUUCCCUUGUUUUCUGAAGGAUCGACUCUGGAAGAAUGUAGGAUUUAGCUGCAAGUUCUAGUCUUUGUGCCUAUCAUUUCUUGAAUAAAAUACUUUUCCUUGUAUUUAACUUUCUGUGAUUGAGGGAUUAUGUCAUAUUUAAAUUUAAGUUGUAAGUUCAGCCAUGUUAAUUCUAGAAAAAUGAAUAAUAGGAAGCCUUUAGUUUAUAAUUAUA